GCCAGCCGGGCUGCCAGCGUCAUGGAUAUGUUAAACAUGAACGCUUGAGUGCAAUGCGGUCGUGUGGAGAACUAGGGGGCUGGGAGGUCCCAAAUGUCUUGUUAAUGUUUUUCCUCCUCCUCCUCCUCUUUCACGGCCGCGACGCACCGCUAGCUCUAGGGACCUUAGCUGGCACGUGAGCACAGCGUUCCAGCGCGGCUGUGGUGCGAACAUACGACCGCGCUCGAGCUUCCAGCUCUAGCGACGUGGCCACCUACUUCCUGUUCCGCCUACGGCUGCGUUCUUGAUUGGUGUGCUCAUCAUUGGCGCCGCAAGUACUCGUUCUUGCUCGUAACAUUCGCUCUCUUGAGGACUGAGCUGGUAAUUAACGCACGCUGGUUGCGGAAUCCAGUGGUCCGCCCAAACUACUGUUGCAAUGGAAGAGAUAGUAGCCAAAGUAGGAAACGUUGUCUUCGAGUUGGAGGUGGCCCUGGAUCGACAGCUCGGCGCGUUGCCACUGCCUUUCCCCGGCAUGGACAAGUCUGGAGCAGCCGUGUGCUGUUUCUAUCUGAAGGGCAGCUGCAGCAAAGGGUCUGCAUGUCCGUUUCGACAUGUUAAGGGCGACCGAACCGUGGUAUGUAAACACUGGCUGCGGGGUCUUUGCAAGAAGGGUGACCAGUGCGAAUUCCUUCACGAGUUUGACAUGACGAAAAUGCCGGAAUGCUACUUCUACUCGCGUUUCAACGCAUGUUGUAACAAGGAGUGUCCAUUUCUGCAUAUAGAUCCUGAAUCGAAAAUUAGAGAUUGCCCCUGGUAUGACAGAGGGUUCUGCCGGCACGGCCCACUCUGUCGCAAUCGACACACACGGCGCGUGAUGUGCAUAAAGUAUCUUUGCGGAUUUUGCCCCGACGGACCUGAGUGCAAAUUUAUGCACCCCAUGUUCGACCUGCCUGUUCCAGACCCUGUGCCGCAAGGGAAGAACAUCGUAUGUCAUUAUUGUGGUGAGCCUGGGCACAAGGCAUUAUUUUGCCAAAAAAUGCCAGACGAUUCGCGCGAAGAGCAACGGUUUCGUAUGCAGUUGCACAACCACCACGGCGGAAUGCACCGACGCGACCACGACGACGGAGGAGGAACCAGCACUGGACGAGGGAAACGAGGCCUCAGACCACUGGAUCAAGUCACCUGCUACAAGUGCGGCGAAAAGGGACACUACGCCAACAAGUGCCCCAAAGGACAUUUGGCUUUCCUCAGCAGUGCACUUAAAAAUUCCCCGUACGUGUAAAGCUGGCGCACGCUGUGCAUCGCAAUAUUUGGCGUUGUUUGGUAUGUUUCAGUUAAUAAAAAGCUUUGUGGCAGA